AUGGCAACCCCAUUAGAAAGGUACCAAAAACUUGCCCUAACAGAGUCUCUACCUAUAAACUACAGAUAUCCAAUUGCUUGCAAAGAGCUAAGCUUUAUUCUCAGGGAAGCUUUUCAUCAAUUCCCAAAGAAUUUGCAAACCAUCGUUUUCCAAGAUACUCUCUCUUCCUUCCGUCUCCUCCCACAAAUGCAGACUGAGAAUGCUGUUUCCGCCGUCCAUUUACUCCUCCAAAGUGUAGAGGCGUCGCUGCCGAAACAGAAAAAGAACAUGGCUGUAACAGAAUUUAAGCGAGCAAUGGUUGCUCAUAAGAGGCGCGCUAAAGCUCACCAGGUAGAGGAAGGUUCAUUCCAACUACCUCAAGAUAUUCUUGUACACAUUUUCAGUUUUCUAGAUAUGCAAUCUUUGGUCUCAGCGGGGAUAGUCAACUGGUCAUGCAACGUGGCUGCAAAUGAUAACCAUCUAUGGGAAUCACAGUAUUCUGUACUGUAUGACACUGCUGCUAAACAGCCCCCUAAGAGACCUGAUGAUAAGCUUUUACAUAAACCCCUUGAUACUAGGACGGUUACUGACUGGAAAGAGGCUGUUAAAGGAUCAUACACUGGAGCAUUAUCCAAGAAAUUAACAACCAAUAGAGGAUACUGUGAACGCUGCAAAGCUAUAGUUUGGUUAAACAAUUCAAAAUGCCCCAAUGUACAUGGAGGAAGGAUAUCUGAAAUUCAUGAUACCAAACCUGUAACGCAAUUCCAGGUUGUGGAAUAUCUUCUACAUGAUUCUCUAUCCAUAGCAUCUUCUUCAGACAGUGACACUGAUUCAGAAGGAGGACCAGUUUCUAAGUUUUGGGAUAUACAUUUAAGAAAAUACUAG